AUAAACGUCACUAAAGUGACACUUAACCUAAGCUAACACUAACCUAAAAUAUUACUAACUUUAGGGUUAGUGGAAUUUAAGUGUCACUCUCCCUAAAGUUUGGUAUUCAUAAAGAGUCACUAACGUUAGUGUGCAAUUAGGGAAAACGUCAUAACAAUCGAUGACGUUUUGUUGACGUUAUGGAACCAAAACGAACCUUUAUGAGCGCGGACGAAAAAAGAAUUUUGUUAGAUUUGGUGGGUAAAUAUAAUGAUAUUGAAUGCAAAAAGUCAGAUUGCGUAUCGACUUCAAAAAAGAAAAAGUCCUGGGAAAAUCUUACCGAAGAAUAUAAUUCUAUGGCUGAAACAACCUUUCGUACAUUGGAGCAACUUAGAAAAUGUUGGGAAAACAUCAAAGCUAGAAGGAAGAAAGAAUUAGCCGCUGAAAAGAAGGCAAGGAUGGCUACAGGAGGUGGAUUAUUCGUUCCAAUCCCAGAUGAUGAUGCGGUUGACGCUGUCUUAAAUGCUGUUGAUAUUGAACUGUCGGAAGCUAUUGAUAGUGAAACUUGUACAGCUGGUGGUAGUACGGAGUAUAAUUUAGAUAGAAAUAAUGUACUCCAACCAGUUGUCGUCGAGCAAGGCUCUAGCCCUGAACCCAGCAAGUGCUUGCUUUUAAAAGUAAUUAUUUUAACCUUUAUAUUGAAUUUAUUUCUCAAAGAUACUCCGACAGUGCACCACCGCAUAUCAGUAACCCCGAGGGUCCGGAGCAGUCGAGGGAAGGUUGCCAGCGCCUUAGAAGAGGAGGCCGAGAUGAGGUUGAAGAGAUUAAGGCAACAAAGAAUUAAUGACAACGAAUUGCAUAAGGCACAAAUGAAAGAAAUAGAAGAAAGAAGACAGCAGGCAGCAGAAUUGCAUGAGAUAAAUAAGGAGAAAUUAAAAUUAGAAAUUGAAUUAUUAAAAAAAGAAAUUAAUAAGUAAUAAAUUUAAUUAAAUAAACUUAUCUUUGCAUUACCUCUACAUUAUUAUUUCUAAUACAAUACAUGGAAACGAUAAUAGUAUAGAACAUCUUUAAUAAUUAGAGACUUUAAAAAAAUAUAUUUAGAAAGUCAAG